UUCCAGCGUUCCUAAUAACACAACCGCUUCUUUCUCCGAAGACAGUUUCCGACAGUUUCUUUGUUUUGACUCGGAGUUGUUCUAAACUAAUGGUCAAUUUACACAUCAAGGAACAACAGCAACUGAAUGAACUCUCCAAGGCAGAACCAGGCCCUGGGGUCCCAGGCCAGGGGGGGUAAGCUGAGUAUCUACGCUACUGGCUUCAGCCCUCCAGAAGGACGGCCUCUCGGCCUGUUCAGACUGCAGCCUGGACCCUCCUUCACCACUCACCAGAAGAUGGCAGACAUGUGGACUCAGUACAACAGACAGAGAUUCCAGAGCCAAGGCAAUAGACCACAGAACCCCCAGAAGGGAAGAACCAUAAUGGCCACCAUGCUGGAAAGUGUGAGAGAGAGGGGGACAAAAACCCACAUGGAGACACAAGCACCCCCUCCAGAGAGGGGCCAACAGACCCAUGGCCCAUCCCAGCAUCCAAGUUCUAAGCCCAGGGAAGGGAGAACCGCUGUAAACCCCUCUGGACACAAGCAGGUGUCUCUGUGUGUAUCUCGGGGGUUCAACCAGGGUCAGGGACCUGCUCACCUUGGGCAGCCCAGGAAGGAAGCCUGGAGCCAGGCUACAGUGGACCCAGGGUUGGGGGACCCUGCCUGGACCAAAGAGGGACUAGAGGGGUCUGCUACACACCUGCCUCACAUAGGCAGUGGAGAGGAGAGCAAGGCAGAGCCCCCCGUGCAGGGCGAGGGUUUGAGGGCGGAGCUAUUUCGGCAGAAAAUAACACUCUCCACCCGCCACGAGUGCCAGAUCAACAAACGUCUCGCCAACCGGUCACACCUUAUGCACCUGGGAAUGCCUUUUGAUGGUGUGACAACCUACAGCCAGAGCUACAUCCCUGUGGACUGCUCACCGACACGUAGGGGGGCCAGAUGUACUGCUCCCCAGGCUACAGUAAACUGGCAUCAGUGGGGUUCAGAGUACUCGGACCGGUACCAGGGCCCCGGGCGCUAUGUGCCCAGCCAGAGAAAGCCCCCAAGUGGGCUAAAGGCCCACCCUGCCUCCCCGGACCCCUCCGGGACCCACACCCUCUACACCACGGAGAAGAUACGCAGAUACCUCAGCUCAGAGUACCAGAGGCAAUACAACUACAGGGAGGAGUCAGGCCCGUCCCGGCCCAAGACAAGCCCGGUCUACAGCCAGCACCACAGGGUCUGAGCGUGAUCUGGUUCCUCAAACCAUCCUCCCAACAUCCACACCCCUCUAACACGGCUAGUUCUAUUUUAAUACACGUACACAACAGUACCACAUAUCUCAAUGAGGUUGGGUUUCUAAGCUUACACAUUUUGGAAAUAAAAUCAAUUGC